UGUUUACAUUACUAGCUAGAGAAACAUACACCACCUGAGACAUAUAUAACCUUGGGAAGAAAAACUCGUUCCUGAAACAUACAUCAUCAUAAUAGGAAUAGAAAUGGGUUUCCCCAGAAUAAAUAGUAGUAAGAUAACAACAUUAUUAACGGUUCACAUGAUGUUACUAUUGAGCGCGUGCAACAGAACGAAAGGUGUCGUGAAGCUGCCAGGAAAUGUUUCAGUUCCAGCAGUGAUAGCAUUCGGAGACUCAAUCAUGGACACUGGAAACAACAACGACUUAAAAACACUGGUAAAGUGCAACUUCCCUCCUUAUGGCAAAGAUUUUCAGGGUGGUAUCCCAACCGGUCGCUUUUGCAAUGGAAAGGUUCCAUCUGACCUAGUAGUGGAAGAAUUAGGAGUGAAGAAAUAUUUGCCAGCUUAUAGGGAUCCGAAUCUGAAACCGAGUGAUCUCCUGAGCGGUGUGUGUUUUGCCUCCGGUGCCUCAGGAUAUGAUCCUUUGACAUCCAAAAUAGCGUCAGUAAUUUCAAUGUCGGAUCAACUAGACAUGUUCAGGGAAUACAUAGGGAAAGUGAAAGGCAUUGUUGGAGAGGAGAGAGCAAAGUUCAUCAUAAGCAACAGCCUCUACGUUGUGGUGGCUGGCAGUGAUGACAUUGCAAACACAUACUUUGUUGCUCACGCCAGACAACUACAGUACGAUAUUCCUGCUUACACUGACCUUAUGUUGAACUCCGCCUCAAAUUUCGUUAAGGAACUAUACAAAGUCGGGGCCCGAAGAAUAGCAGUGCUGAGUGCCCCACCAAUUGGAUGCGUUCCGUCACAGAGAACACUGGCUGGAGGGAUAGUAAGAGAGUGCGCAGAAAAGUACAACGACGCAGCCAAGUUGUUCAAUUCCAAAUUAUCCAAGGAGCUCGAUUCCCUUAAUCGCAAUUCCCCCAAUAGCCGCAUUGUCUACAUUGAUGUUUACAACCCUCUGCUUGAUAUCAUUCUCAACUACCAAAAUUACGGCUAUAAAGUUGUGGACAGAGGUUGCUGUGGGACAGGGAAUCUAGAGGUUGCAGUACUGUGCAACCCUCUGGAUGCAACUUGCCCUAAUCCUCAAGAAUAUGUUUUCUGGGAUAGUUAUCAUCCCACAGAAGGAGUAUACAGAAUACUAAUAACUCAAGUCCUUCACAAGUAUCUCAAUCAAUUGUUUGGAUGACCCUCCAUUACAUUACAUUUUCUUUAUUUCCUCAUCAUGCCAACUUAUAUCAUUUUUAUCAUCUAAUUAAUUAAACAAGAACAAUAUAAUGUCAUUGUUACAUCUUCACCUGUUGUAGGCAUAAUAAAUUGAUGAUUCAUUGAUUGUUGACUCAUUUAA